UUGCAGAAAUAGAGCCUGAAAGUAAUAAUGAGGAAACUAUAAUAGAUUAUUCUGCUCUCAAUAUUGAAAACGGAGAUGAAGAAGAAUUCAAACAUAUUGAUAAUCUUGACAAUAGCUUUGGUUGGAUAUUAAUCUGA